AGGACCCGAGGGGGGCGGGCUAGCGUGAGGCGGAAGCGGAAGUGAUCAGCAGAAGCGCUAGGCUUUCCCCGAGGAAGAGAGUGGACGCCAACAGGAAAUGUUAACAUGGAGAAUGAUCUCAGCGAUGAGUCAUCAUCUGCCUUUAGUCUUCAGAGUUCUGCAGAAACGUUAUUUUCUAUUCAGCUGCUAGAUUUCAAAACAAGCUUACUGGAAGCGGUAGAAGAGUUACGUAUGAGAAGGGAAGCAGAGACUCGGUAUGAAGAACAGAUUCGCAAAGUUAUUGUGGAAACUCAAGAACUUGAGUGGCAAAAAGAAACUCUGCAGAAUCAGAAGGAAACAUUAAUAAAGCAACACAGAGAAGCAAUGGCAGUUUUUAAAAAGCAGUUUCAAAUGAAGAUAUGUGCCUUAGAAGAAGAAAAGGGAAAAUUUCAACUAGCUACGGAGAUAAAAGAAAAAGAAAUUGAAGGGUUGAAAGAAACAUUAAAAACACUACAGGUUUCUAAAUAUUCUCUACAGAAGAAAAUGAGUGAAAUGGAACAAAAAGUCCAGUUACAUCUUCUGGCUAAAGAAGAUUAUCAUAAACAACUGAAUGAAAUUGAGAAAUACUAUACUACAAUAACUGGUCAAUUUGGAUUGGUGAAAGAAAAUCAUGACAAGUUGGAACAAAAUGUGCAGGAAGCAAUACAAGUAAAUAAAAGACUUUCAACUUUAAAUAAAAAACAAGAGUCUGAAAUAUGCAGUUUAAAGAAGGAACUUAAAAGAGUAUCCUCAGACUUGAUAAAAUCCAAGGUCACAUGUCAGUAUAAGAUGGGAGAAGAAAACAUCAGUCUAACAAGCAAAGAACAAAAAUUUGAAGAACUUGAAGAAAGAUUGAGAAUGGAGUUAGAAUUAAAUAAGAAGAUUACUGAAGAGAUUACCUACAUUCAAGAAGAAAAGCAGGGUAUCAUCAUUUCUUUUCAACAUAUGCAGCAGUUACUUCAGCAACGAACUCAAGCCAAUACUGAAAUGGAAGCAGAAUUGAAGAGGCUAAAGGAAAAUAAUCAGACCCUUGAAAGAGAUAAUGAGCUGCAAAGGGAGAAGAUAAAAGAAAAUGAAGAAAAGUUCCUUAAUCUUCAAAAUGAGCACGAGAAAGCACUAGGAACUUGGAAGAGACAUAUUGAAGAUCUUAAUGAAGAAAUUAAUGAGGUUAAAAAUGAAUUAUCAUCACUUAAGGAAACUCACAUCAAAUUACGAGAAUAUCACAACAAGUGUUGCAAUCAGAAAAAGUUUGAAGAACACAAGAAGUUUCGGAAUGUUCCACAAAUAAAUAAUGAAAACUGUGAAAUGUCAACUGAAAAAUCAGAAAAUGCCAUCAUAAAGAAAAAUAAUUCUGAGCAAGAAAUAAUGGAAGAUAAUACUGAGAGUCUGAUUGGUGACAGAGAAAACAAGGAAGAGAAAGAAUGCCUGCCUAGAGAAGAAACUAAUGAAAAAGAUUUACAACUUUUUGAAAAAAAACUAAAGGAAAUUGAUACUGUGGUAUCUCAGGAUGAGACUCGAAGUGAAACCUUGCUAGGCAACACUCUCUGUGUAGAUAAAGAAGUAAUUAUUCAAGAACAAACCUUGAAUGUUACUGACUUAAAGUCAGUUGCUACAGAAGGAAAAGACAAGAUGUGCUUGAAAAAAGACAGUGUUUGUACAGAAGAUAAAUCAUCAAAUAAUCCAUUUUUAGUGGUAGAUACAGCAGUAGAAACAAAGAAACACCCAGAAGUAACUGAUUUUUCCCAUGCAGAUAUACACAUGGAAGUUGAAAAAGGCCAAGCAUUAUUCAGCGGUAUUGUAAAUGAAAUGUCUCACAAUGUAAGUCAUGGUAAAGAUGUUUCUGAAAGUGAACCAUCCAAGCAGCAGUUGAAAUUGCCCCUGGGAACUCAAGAAAAUGCUGCAAACAAUGACAUUACCAAUAGUGGCCAGACCAAAGCGGAUUUGGAUUCAUCUCUAGAUGCAAAAGAGGAUUCUGUUCAGUGUGAGAAAUAUGAUUUACGGGAUUCAAGUACUGUUAUGUCAGAUGAUGAACAACAGAAAGGAAAACAAGUGCAACUGUUAAGUGAAAACAGUGAGUGUGGUGUGUUACCCUUUAAACAGCAAGUCUGUAAUGACAUCUCAGAGAGCCCUGGACUGCCUGUUACCUGUGAUAGAGUAAUCAGUCACCCUGUUUCAUCAGCUGCUUUCCUGGAUGAUUUAAGAGUGCCUCUUCAGAACCCAGACAAAAAUACUCAUAUUAUGCCUGUGCUAGUUAAACCAGAUGCAAGCCCUGAGGAAAGAACUGUAUGGAAAAAUCUGAAUGAUAUGAAAAAUAAUCAAUUUCAGAAUGGUUUGAAAUAUCUAGAAAGCAGUAAUCUGACCGCUUCUGAUCCACCAGUGAAGGCUGACAGUAGUCUGACUUCACAAACCAAAGGUGUAAAAGCUGUAGAAACACAGCUUUUGAAUAAAGAAAAUCAGAUUGAAGUGAAUCAGCUAGCUGAAACCCCAAAAGCUGACCUCCUUUUUGUAAAUGUUAACGAAAGGCAGCAUGCAUUGUUAAAUAACACAGAGAAUACAGAGUCUUUAAAUGACGUCAUAUCAGGGAAAAUAUACAGUGAAGGACAGCUGGAAGAAUCACAUUCAUUUCACAUAAAGAGUGCUGUAGAUUUAGUAAACAGAAGUGGAAGGUCAGCCUUUGAUCUUUCGACUUCAGAUAAAAAACCCGAGAAAACUACAGUGUACAUGAAUUUUUUAGAUCCCAGUCCUUGGUCAAAAGUAAAUCAAAUUGAAAGUCAAACAGGGAGUACAUCAACUACUUGCGUUCCCUUUUUCCUGAAGGAGAGACCAAUAGGCGCAUCAGCAUGCAAAAACAUCCUGUCAGGGACUCUUCACAGAAAUGUUGGUGUGGAUGAUAGCCAAAAGGAUAUAGAAUCAGAUCCUCCCAGGAAGAACAGAGUGGCAGACACUUUGAAUAACUGGAGUAUCCAAGCAGAUCCCAGGGGAGGGCCCCGUGAGGAGAGGAAUGCAACUGCAGAGACUUUUUAUGAUUCCUCUUUUCCCACAGAACAUGUGAACACAAAACCUCUGAGUUCAACUCUGCUACAAAACCCUUUCCAGGCAACCAAGAGUAAGGAUACCCUCCACUUCGCUGCUGCUUCUGCUGAAGAUAAGUGGCAGAGUCUGGUAACACAUCAAGUAAAUGAAAUUGAAAAGUUCCUACGUUUCGAAAGUGACAGUCAGACUAAAAAAAGAAAAGCAGCAGAGAUGAUAGAAAACACAACCAACUGAAUGAAAUAAGGCUGAUGGUUUUCAGUGGCAAAACGAUGUAACAGAUACCGAUGGAGCUUUUAUUAAUAAGAUAGCUAAAGUUUUCCAGUUGACGGAUGCAGCUUCAGCUUUUCCUGAUGCGUUGAUGUUACAUAUCUG